GUGUGUAUGUUAAUUGAAUCAACAAUUCAAUUUAGAUGUCGAAUCCAUUUCUUACCUUAACAUCAAACUAGUCAAAUUCAAUUACAAUUGCGAUUAACUAUUUAUUUACAUUGAUUGUCGCGUGUCCACUAAACUGUGUGUACGUGUGUCUAUCUACCUGUUAAUUGUAAUUGUAAUCAAUCUAGUCAAUUAAAGAGAUUAAUUUUUUUCGUAAGACAAACAAUGGUUUCAAUUUUUUAAUGGUCAAUUUCGUUAUGAUUUUUACCUGUAAUUUACCUGGAAAAUGAAUAAUAAUCCUAACAAUCUAUUUCAACUUAGUUAUUGGAUCUCUACUCCAUCUAAUCACGAUUCUAAUUCAAUUGUAAUUGCUGAACAAGAUCUUCCAAUUGGAUUUCAUACACUUCCAACAGCAAGACCAAUUUCACUUCGAAAAAUAUUCAAUAAAAACAACAAUCAGCCGAAACAAUUAGUCAAGGCUUACAUUUCUGAACUUGGAGUGAUAACAACUCGUGAAAAUAUUGAUUGGAUUCAUUUGGUUAGAUUAGCUGAUAAUUGUUUUGAACAGAAUUUAUUAAUCCACUGGAACGGUGAUAAGAAAACACUAAUUGGUACAACAAUUAAGCCAAUUGCUUCAGGCGAUGAAAUCAAAGCUUGGUUUCCAAUGGAUUUACUUGAUUUCUUAUCAAUUCCCUUUCUAAAUCCAAUCAACAUUAUCCACUCAUCAAGUUACCAAUGUGUUAAUUGUGAAUCAAAUUUUAAUCAACCAAAUCCACUUAAAAUUCAUAUUGCUUUUGAUUGUCCAAUACAAUUAACCAACUAUUCACGAGAAAAUUGUCUCAAUAAAAGUUUACCUUUAACCUCAAUUUUAGGUUCAACUAUAACACCAACAACAAUCAACGGUUUAAAUUGUAAUCCUUUAUUACCAACAAACACCAACAUUAACUUAUCCCAAUCAUCAACACAAUUAACUCGCCUAACAUAUAAAUCAUCAUCAUCUCCAUCAUCAUGUUCACUAUCAUCAACAAUAAACAAAACACCAAUAACCUCAUCAUCGUCUUCAUCUUUAUCUUCACUUUCAUCAAUAAGUUUCCAAGAAAAUGUUGGCCCAUCAAUCCCGAAGGAGAUAAUUGAACCUUCAGCAAAUUUAUCACCACAAUCGAAUGUCCCUUUAAACAGCAACAGCACCAAUGCGACAAUAAAUUCACAUGUCACCUCGUCACACUUAUUCGGUACCAAAGAACCUCGAAGUCACAUUUGCGUCUUUUGCGGUAAACUUUACACACGAAAGUAUGGCCUUAAAAUACACCUGCGAACUCACACUGGACAUAAACCAUUAUCAUGCCGAUUCUGUGGUCGACCAUUUAGUGACCCGUCCAAUUUAAACAAGCACAUUCGUCUGCACAGUCAACACCAUUCGGGAACAGCCUCAUCACCUUACAAGUGUAAAAAAUGUUCUAAAAUCUUAGUUCGACGACGUGACCUAGAAAGACACCUUAAAUCCCGACAUAAACUGACAACAUGACGAUGGAAUCAAUCAAACUCAACAAACAUCAAACAAUAAACAAAAAGAUGAACAAAAAAAAAUCACCAAAGUUUGAAUUUCUUUUGUAAAUAUUAUCAUACAAUUCCCAGUGAAACUUAUCAUGAUUGUCAAAUAAUCUACCACGAACUCUCCCCCUUUACGAUUCCAUUUAUAGAAAACUAUUAUCUGUGUAAUAUUUGUAAUAUAAUCAAUUGUAAAUUAACCUGUAUUUUCAUGAUGAAACUGAUGAUGUCCAGAUAAUAUGAUUGGUUAACAUACAAACUAAUCAACUAAUCAUUUGAUAUUCAUGCGCCUUCAAAAUCCUAAACGUAAUCCUGAGUUUAUCCUUUCAACGAUUAUUAUUAUUAUCACUACGAAUGCGUAAAUCUUUUUAUCAUCAUCCUGCUCAUCAUCAUCAUCUUCAUCUUCAUCUUAUUUCCUCUUUCAUUGUGUAUAAAAAGAUAACAUUUUUCUAGAAUCAGAUUCAUUCCCAAUCCAUCAACAAUACUUUCAUUUUGUUCAAUUGUCGAGUUUGUAUUUUUUUCCCUCUCUCACACAACCAUUAACAAAUUAUUACGAAAAUAAAUCGCUAAUUAAACUAAUUAAUUGUUGUUAUAACUUCUUAUCAAAUUGCGAUCAAAACAAACAUCUUUCAACAGUUUUCUUGUGAAGAUAGUUAAUCAUUGUAACAAUCAACUGAUUCCAAUUUGAUUCAGAUAAUUG